AGUGUGUGCGUUUCGUUACUCAAGCAAACUCGUUUGCUGUAGGAGAAAUGGAACAUUUUAAUGUGAUUUCACUUUCAUCUUCGCCAACUCGAUCUCGCUUUGCCAACGCAAUGCAGGUUUAGCAUUCGAAUGUCGUCCAGGACAGAGUCAUCGCGUGCCAGAAGAAUGAACAAUAUUAUGAGACCAGAUGCAUUGACAUCAGAAAUAAUGCGAUGUAAAUGCUUCGAAACUAUCAAGAGUUUUAUUUUAAAUUGGUUGUCUAAAACCAGACCAAUAAGGUUGAGGUGCUACUUCAUGCAGCUGCGGAUGAUGGAGUAGGGAAAAGAAGCGGAUACCGCUGAUGCGCAGCCGAUAUGGAACCCCUACAGACCAAGGGUAGAUUGUUCCACUCGAAGGACUGGCUAUCCAUCUGGUUCCGUGAAUGACAAGGAUACGAUCAGUGAGUAUAAAUUCAAAAGCUGGCUACUCUAAAAUUCAGUUCACUCUGCGCUCUUGUGUCUUCAAGCAAUUAUUCAGCGAACCGACAUGCAAACCUCUGUGGCCCUUGUCGUUUUGAUGGCGUGCAUUGUCUCUGCCCAGUUCCCGACCGGUUGGAACUACAACCCUUAUCUCUACUACCCCUACACCGCACAACAGCCACCUGUUCAAGAAACACCGGAAGUGGCUGCUGCCCGCUCUGCCCAUUUAGCGAUUCACGCACUAGCCAAAUCCCAUGCUGUCAAGCCUACACCAGUUACGGCACACUCGGCUGCCGUAUCAACUACCCCUCAUGUAUGGGCCGCUAAACCGGGACAUCAAGGAGCCUCUUACGCAACUGCAUCAAGUUCAGUUGUUACGAAUUCAGGUGUACCACAACAAGUUCAAGAAACGGCCGAGGUAGCUGCCGCUCGCCGUGCUCACAUGGCCGCUCACGCCCUUGCAGCCGGGAGGGUUGUGACCGUAGUCCCCGCCCAGCCGUCUUCGACGGCCUUUGCGAGCCAACAACUUGGCAAUUCUAUUGCGUCUAACACGAACGCAUUCGUUUCGAGCCUUCCUUCUUUCCUGCCGGCGGUGACUUGGGGUCCGCCUCAGCCCGUUCAAGACACUCCCGAAGUUCAGGCUGCUAAACUGGCGUUCUUCCGCGCUUAUCGAGAGGCGUUAGCUCGCUUUGGUUAACACUCACCUCUAUCAGUUAUUCGUUUUCUGUAGACUAAACCCCCUAACCAAUUUGAUUAACCGUUAAUAUUCUCAUUUAAGUACUAAUAUGGACAUUCAACGGAAUACUUCUCUCUUUUCUGUACACAUCUAGACUUUUUGUAUAGUUGGAAUUCCUUGUUUAGAAAAAUGUCCUCUUGAAAGACAUGAAUUUUUCGUUAACGAAGGCUUCGAAAUAAAGCGUCUUUUGCUGGCUGAAACAAGGAGCUACUACUUGUUAAUAGACAAAUGCUAAGUCGUAAUUAGUUGUGGACUUAAUUAGCGAUUUAGCUCGUGUCUGCGACCAGUUCUGUCACUAAAUAUUUGCAAUUGCAAGGCUAUCUAACUUCAUUUUCACGUUCUGCGGGACAGUAGAUUGAUGUCCCAUAAACCUGUUAGCAAUUUUUACUUGGUUUAUGUAGAUUGGGUUGUGUUCGCUUAUGAUAUAGCCGUUAUUGAAAGAUGUCAGAUAAUGAACGCCUUUGCUGAUUUCUGAAACUGCGUCUUGCCCUUAGAACACAGUCGGGAAGUGAUGGCUG